CUAGGAUUAACUGUUUUUUUUUUCUUAAUCUAAAACAUAGGUCCGAAUAUCACGUUUUUUGUCCCUCACACUCUCCCAAGUCCCAUCAUCACCAACAAUGGCGUAUUACCAUCGUACGAAAAACUCCUUCUCUAUCCUCCUCUUCCUACUCUACACCUCUCCUCUUCUAUCCUCUCAGCAAGAUGAAGACACCAUUAAUGAAAACCCAAUCAUCAGCCGAUUCCAAACCUACCUUCGUUUCAAAACAGCCCACCCUAAUCCCAACUACACAGCUCCUGUUUCCUUCCUUAUUACCCAAGCUCACUCCAUUGGACUCCAAACCCGUACACUAGAGUUUAUUCCCAAUAAACCCGUUUUAAUCAUCACCUGGCCCGGUUCCAGACCCGACCUUCCUUCUAUCUUGUUCAACUCCCAUCUGGAUUCCGUCCCCGCUGAGCCAGACAAAUGGGUACACCCUCCAUUCUCUGCUGUUCGAACUUCUGACGGUAAGAUAUUCGCUCGUGGAGCUCAGGAUGAUAAGUGCAUCGGUAUACAGUAUCUAGAAGCCGUUCGGAACCUUCGAGAACGAGGUAUGAAGCAGCCUGUAAGGACAGUCCACCUGUCAUAUGUACCCGAUGAGGAGAUUGGAGGCUUCGAUGGAGCAGCAAAAUUUGUGGGUUCUAAAGAAUUUGAGGAAUUGAAUGUUGGGUUUGUUAUGGAUGAAGGUCAAGCAUCUCCUACUGAUGAAUUUAGGGUUUUUUACGCUGAUCGAUCGCCAUGGCAUGUGACGAUUAAGGCUACUGGACCACCUGGUCAUGGGUCUAGAAUGUAUGAUCAUAGUCCUAUGGAGAAUUUGAUGAUUAGUAUUGAGAUGAUUACUAAAUUUAGGGACUCCCAAUUUGAUUUGGUUAAGAGGGGUUGGGCUGCUAAUUCUGAAGUUGUUUCUGUUAAUCCUGUGUUUUUGAAUGCUGGAAUUCCUACUUCUAAUGGGUUUGCUAUGAACAUGCAGCCAUCUGAGGCCGAGGCUGGAUUUGACAUUCGUUUUCCGCCCACUGUUGAUUCAGAGCUUAUUAGAACUAGAAUUGCUCAUGAAUGGGCGCCAGCAUCAAGGAACAUGACAUUUCAGAUUGUGGAAAAAGGGUGCAAUAGAGACUUCCAAGGCCACCCUUUGAUGACUUCAACCGAUAAUACCAAUCCGUGGUGGUCUGUUUUUGUGCAAGCUAUUACAGCCGUCGGCGGAAAACUAGGGAAGCCGGAAAUCUUGGCUUCUACAACUGAUGCUAGAUUUAUGAGGCAGAGAGGAAUCCCCACCUUGGGGUUUUCUCCAAUGACAAAUACUCCUAUUUUACUUCAUGAUCACAAUGAGUUCCUACAAGAUGCUGUAUAUAUAAGGGGAAUUAUGGUGUAUGAAUCUGUUAUCAGUCACUUGAGUUCUUAUAAGGGAGAUGACAUAUAAAGCCGGUUUCGUAUCUAGAUGCCAAUCGUCAGCUACUGACUGUUAUUUAAACUGUUUUACGGGAGAUGAUAAACGAAGCUGGAUUUGUAUAUACAUUUUGAUCAUCAGCUACACUCAAUGGGAUUACAUUUGUAUUCAGCAUGGUUGUGGCGUCGAAUCUCCAUUGUUAUUGUCUUUACCCUGAAAUUGUAUCUCGACUCGUUUGGUUGAUUUGGAUUUUCUCUACUUGAAGCAUAUAUUUUUAGUUAUAUUUGUUUAGAUUUCAUGUGUUGGUCAUUUGGCCUUGAAAUGUUGAGUUAGCAUCAGGAUUUUGCACGGGAAUGUUCACAAAUAUUACAGGAAAAUUAGAGAUGCAAAAAGGAAUAGACUAUCAUUGUAUACAUCAACAAGGUGUGAAACCUGAAAUCUUGCUUGUUUUCAAUGGAAAGAAAGAACCUUGACCGAGAA